CUUUCUCCUCAGACAGUCUCCUCUCCUCUCCUCUAGUCUCGUAAACUGACCAGAAGACGGGGAGAACCGCCUCUCACACACUGAUUAGCUGAGGACAAGGGGAGAAUCGUCCAUCACACAUCGAUUCGUUGAGAGGACAGGAGAAUAAUAGUUUCUGAAAGAACAAGGGAGGAAUAGUUUCUGAGAGGACAGGAGAAGAACAGUUUCUGAGAGGACAGGAGAAGAAUAGUUUCUGAGAGGACAGAGGGAGAACCGUUUCCUGGCAGCUAGGAAGAUGAGGAGGUUGCAGUCCAUGAGAUGGUUUAGUUCUCCCUGGUUGAGGAGAGAGACCUCACAGACUGAGACCAGCCCACUCAUACCAAAGACAGACACAGAUAGAGAGCUGUCAGGAGUCCUCCAGGGGACUGACGAGAGCAGCACAGAAGAACAGGCUCCAGAACCAGGACCGAAUGAUGGACCUGGGAACCAGGGUAGAACCAGGGAGGUAAAACCCAGAGCCCGUAGCAGGCCCUUCUCCCUGAGAGACUGCCUUCUCAAGUACCUCCUGUUCUUCAGCAACUUCCUCUUCACGGUGCUAGGCCUGGUGGUCCUGGCCCUGGGACUGUGGGGCCUCAUCAACAAGGAAUCCUUCGCUCAGGAGAAAAUAGGACAAAUCAGCACCGACCCCAUGCUGGUGUUUGUGGUGCUGGGCUUGGUGCUGUCUACCCUCUGCCUGUCAGGCUGUGUGGGGGCUCUGAGAGAGAACUGCUGCCUGCUCCAGGUCUUCUCAGCCACUGUGCUGGUCCUGGUAGCAGCCCAGGUCUUAACGGCCAUUGUGGCCUACAGCCUGCAGGGACAGAUAGAGGGAUACCUGAGGUCAGGUAUGCUGGCUGCCAUGGUACGUUACCAGGAUGACCUGGACCUGAGGUUCAUCACAGAUGAGAUCCAGAUAGGACUGCAGUGCUGCGGGGCCGACACCUACAGAGACUGGGAGGUCAACAUGUACUAUAACUGCUCUGCCCCGGGGGUGCUGUCCUGUGGGGUCCCUGCUACCUGCUGUGUGGACCCCCUGGAGAACGGCACGGUGUGGAACUCCCAGUGUGGAGUAGGAUCCCAGCAGCUGGAUGAGUUCUCUGCUCAGAGCGUCAUCUUCCUGGGGGGCUGUCUGGGGGGCAUGUCCCGCUGGAUAGAGCAGCACACAGGCCUGAUAGGAUCCGUGGGUAUCGUCCUACUGGGGGUUCAGAUCAUCACUCUGUUCAUCACCACAAGACUGAUGGAUAACAUCCAGUGCAGUAAAGCUACAACAUAAUAACAUCUAGUGGAGUAAUGCUACAAGAUAACAUAUAGUGGAGUAAUGCUACAAGAUAACAUCUAGUGGAGUAAUGCUACAAGAUAACAUAUAGUGGAGUAAUGCUACAAGAUAACAUAUAGUGGAAUAAUGCUACAAGAUAACAUAUAGUGGAGUAA